UUCUUUCUCCACAAAACAUUGCUUCCCAGAAUGAUGAACAAGAAAAGGCACAGAAACAAUUUGACCGGACUGCACAUUUUCAAUAAUCUCAUCAUCCGCCGCCGCCGGCAGCGCAGCCUCCACAGCUUCCUCCCUCUGCUCUCCGCCGCCUGCGGCUGCUUGCUCCUUCUCUGCGCAUCCCUCUCUUCCCUCCGCCUCCCCUUAAACACCUCAAUAAACGGAAGAAGCUUAGACCAUGAAUUGCUCAGUUCAGUUGAAUCAAAUCUCUUUUAUGGCUGCAGCAAUGCCAGCAGUAGCUUUCAAACUGCAGAAAUGAAAACAGAACCCAAUAGAUACCUGCUCAUCGAAACUAGUGGUGGCCUGAAUCAACAAAGAACAGGAAUAACAGAUGCCGUAGUUGCUGCCUACAUCUUGAACGCAACACUAGUCGUGCCUAAGCUCGAUCGAGAUUCCUUCUGGAAGGAUUCCAGCAACUUCUCGGACAUCUUCAACGUGGACUGGUUCGUGUCCUACCUCUCUAAAGACGUCAAGAUCGUACAACAGAUACCCGAAGAGGCAGGGAAUGUCAGAGAUGCUCGGGUUCCUAGGAAAUGCGACGCAAGAUGCUACCACAAGCGCAUCUUGCCUCUGUUCAACAAAAAGCGCGCUGUGAAGCUUACAAAGUUUGAUUACAGGCUGUCAAAUUGGCUCGAUCAAGACUUACAGAAACUGAGGUGCAGGGUUAACUACCAUGCUCUCAGGUUUGCUGAUCCUAUUCUUCAAAUGGGAAGGAAAUUAGUUGAUAGAAUGAGAAUGAAAAGCAACCAAUUUGUUGCAUUGCAUUUGAGAUACGAACCGGAUAUGUUGGCAUUCUCUGGUUGCUACUACGGUGGUGGAGAGAAAGAAAUGCAAGAGCUAGGCGCGCUGCGAAAAAGGUGGAAAACCUUACAUACAAAGGAUCCGGAAAGAGAGAGAAGGCAAGGAAAAUGCCUACUAACUCCUGAGGAAAUCGGGCUGAUGCUGAGGGCGUUGGGUUUUGCAGAAGAUGUCCACUUAUACGUAGCUUCAGGUGAAAUAUACGGUGGGGAAGAAACACUAGCGCCGUUGAAAGCUCUGUUCCCAAAUUUCCACACCAAAGAGAGCAUCAGCAGCAAGGAAGAAUUAGCCCAAUUCUACUCUUACUCCUCUCGCUUGGCUGCAUUGGAUUUCUUUGUCUGUGAUGAGAGUGAUGUUUUUGUUGCCAAUAACAAUGGAAACAUGGCAAAGAUCCUUGCUGGAAGAAGGAGAUAUUUUGGUCACAAACCAACAAUCCGUCCCAACGCGAAAAGGCUACACGAAUUGUUCCUUAAUCGGGAUAAGAUGGGAUGGGGGGAGUUCUCAUCGCGUGUUUUGGACGUCCAAGUUGGUUUCAUGGGAGAGCCUAGUGAGGCUGAAGUGGGGCGGGGCUCGUUCCACGAGAACCCUUACUCAUGCAUAUGCAGAAGCUCUGAAGUGGAAGGAAGAGGAGGGUUGUUUGUAGGUGAAGUGAGUGAUGAAGCAUUCUCAGAAGAUGAUCAAGAUUUGGCAUUAACAGAAUAUGCUGAUGAUGGUAAUGCCCAAACUAACUUCUAAAAAAGCUAUUGGACUCAUGGAAGAAAGUACGCUUCAAUAAUAAGUGUCCAAUCUUCUUGCCUUGUGUAAAUAAUUGUUGAUUCUUCAUGUUCCUUUUUUUUUAUUUAGGGGGUAGGGUUCAGUGUAUAUGAGCAAUCCAUGUGACAUAUUCAUUUCCCCCCAACCUAUAUGCAUAUCUACGACGUAUUUGCUUAAA